AUGGCUGCGCAUCUGGUGCAACCUACGGCAUCGGGAACGGGCGCUUUGAGCAUUCAGAGUGCCACCGCCGCGACCUCGGGCCCCACCUGCAACGGCGACUCCCAAUGCCAAGCACUGUGUCCAACGGCAGAUUUUACUAAGGCUCAGCCCGCUCUCACCGCAGCAGCCGUGCAACAGCAGGUGUGGGGCAUCCCUCCCCAGCUAGCACAGUGCGCGAAUGCCAUUCGCACGUCCCCCGGCUCCUUUGCUGGAGUCAUAAACGGCGUCUGCAACUAUGCAGACUUCCAAAUCGAUGUCACCAAGCCGCCGCGGCCGCCCUGGGUGGUCAACCCAGUACUCAGGCGAGUCAUCAAUGCGGUGGCUGAGACCCACUCGAACGACAUGGCCGCAACAAAUUUCUUCAACCAUUAUUCCCAGAACAGCAGCAGCCCCUACGACCGCAUCAAGAAUGCAUUUCCAUCAGCAACCUUUGUCAGCGAACUCAUCGCCGCCGGAUGGACGGACGUGCGAUCAGUCGUCGUGCAAUUCAUGUGCUCGGCGAAGCACAGGAACCUCUUCAUGAGCUGCGCAUAUGACACGGUGGGAUGGGGGAUCGAGUACGCCGGGCAGCCGGGCGGCGCGGCUGUGAGCGCGCAGUGGCCGACUUAUUUCACAGCCGACCUCGUGUGCAGCCUCGGCUCCACCUGCUCUUGCGACACAACGCCCCAGGUGUUGGAGUCUCCGGGGGCGUUGCCUUCCCUGAGCACGCCCUACAGCAGCAGCCAGCCGCUUGUCUCCUUCACAGCCACCUUCACCAGCCUUCUCGCCAGCACCUUGAAGCCUGAUCAGGUGUCCACUAUUGCUUCAGAUGUGAUUGCAGCGAUCCGGGCUUAUGCUGCCCCCGUCGAUGUCAACGUGACGUCCAGUCGUCUUGGUAGCAGUCCUAGCAGCCGCAGAAGGCUGCUGCAGACGUCGCCAACUCAGCAGGCCACGGCUGAUCUGUCAGCGGCGCUGACAUCACGGCUGGGAUCCACCCCGGUGCAGAUCACAUACACCCCGGCAGCCGCCUCCGCGGGCCUUGCAUUCUCUGUCUCCGUGCAGUUCCCUCCCAACAACCAGCUCUCAGACACGGAGUCAUACUCCACAUCUCUUGCGUUGACCCUGGCGCAAGACCUGGAGCAGAACGCGAACACGUUGCUAAGCUCAGUCAUCGCCAAGGACGGGCCCGUAACCGUUACGGACCUGCAGACAUCCGACAAGAUCGUUGUGGCAGGCUCGAAUCUCUCACCGGCUCCGCCGCUGCCGCCACUUGUGCCCGCACCGGGCAGCCCGCCUGGCGCCUCCGGGCAGUCUCCGGGCAGCUCUCCGUCACCGUCCAGUCAGCCUCCGGUCAGCCCCAUCAGUCCCCCUGCUGCUGCGGCCAGUAGUCCCCCCGCCGCUGCCACCCCCAGUCCCCCCGCUGCCCCCGCGGGCCCCCCGCCUGCUGCCCUCACGGGGGGCGCCACCAAUGUGCAGGUGGCUGCUCCGUACACCACAGGGUCCUCGGGGACUCCUACUCUGCAGCCGACAGUGACUGCUACGGUGACGCUGACUAAUGUUCUCUCCAGCACACCACCAGAUUCCACGUGGGCGAGCGUGCUGGCGAGUGAUGUCACCUCUUAUGUCGGCGGCGCUCAGCCAUUAGUCAGCGCGGUGACUGACGCCUCGGGGCCCAACCUGGCGAUUAACCUUACGGUGGUGUACCCCACCAACAGCCAGCUCACCGGCGCCACCGAUGCCGGCUCUCUGCAGGCGGUCACAUUGGCGUACGGUCUGCGGACAUCACCGGCCAGUGUCUUCCUUGGGCUGGUCGCCAAGAUGGGGGCCGUAAAAGUGUCCAACAUCCAGACCAUCACCAAGGUGGUCCAGUCAGGGGGUCCCUCCAUUCCAUCGGCGCCCCUUGUGGCGCAGACUCCGACGGCGACCCUGCCGCCGACCGCCAGCUCAGCAAGUCCAGUCAGCACACAGUCACCCAGUCUGGUCAGCAGUCAGUCACCGCAGCCGACGCCAGCCGCCACACCGUCGCCGGUGCCGACGUCGAGUCCAGUCAGCGCCCAGUCACCCUCACCCGCAUCUUCUACACCCACCCCUGCAGCAGGGCCAACACCGUCAAACGGAGGACCUGCGCUGCAGCCGUCAGUUAUUUUCACACUGACAUUCCCGGGCCUGGCACCGGCGUCCGUAAAGGACGCGCGCCCCAUUGAGGUAGCCGUAGCGCAGGACAUAGAGGCCUACCUGGGCACUGACAGGCUGUCAAAGGUGACGGAGAUGCCCCUAACCGGAGGCCAGAGCUGGGCGCUGAAUGUGACUGUCAGCCUGGUGCCCAAUGGCAACAACGAGGUGAGCCAGUCGACAGCAUUGGCGCAGGCGUUUGCUGCUGCGCUGACGGACACGUCUCAGCCGGUGUUCAAGACGGCCGCCGCCAAAUCCAACGCGCAGCCGACCGCCUCAGAUGUCCAGACAAUUGUGCGCGUUGUGGGGGGCGCCUACGGAUCGGCUGAGUCAGCACCUCCCCCCGGCGGCUACACAAAUUCACCCGGCUAUGACACUGGAUCGCCGGCUGCACUGUCAUCGCCAGCUGCGCAGCAGUCACCCGCCACAUCAUCACCCACACCGGCACCAACAUCACCCGCCACGUCCUCACCACCGGCAGUGACACCGGCUGUAGCUGUCACCGGUCCGCCGGUGGCACCCGGUCCCGCCUCUCAGCGGACGCUGCAAACAGUGACCUUCAGCCUGCUUCUGUCUGACAUCAGCGCAACCGGCCACUCCGCAGAUGUGCAGGGCUAUAUCACGACGGAUGUGAAUGCAUAUGUCCGGAGCAAGCCGCUGGCCGUGAUAAGCUACAUGGAGGAUGCUUCUGGCAAGAACCUGGUGCUCAAUGUCUCAGUGGCGUUCCCCGGCGAUCAACCCAGGACAAGCCAGGAAUUUGCAGACGCGCAGCUCGCAGCAGAGGCGCUGGCAACGGCUAUCAACAGCGACCCAGCCUCGGUCUUCAAGACUCUGAUCGCGCAAAAAGUGCACGGCAAAGCUUACAACGUCGCCAUUGCCGGGCCGAGUGCCGGGGCCCCCACAGUGGUUGCGCCGCCUACUGUGGCACCGGCAACGGCGGUUGCUAAUAAGCCACAAGCGCCAGCUCAGGCGCCAGGUGGCGCGCCGGCGUCCGGCCAGCUGGCGUUGACGUUUACGGUGGCGAUCCCUGCCAGCGCCCAGUCAGCAGCGUUGAACUUGUCAUCGGCGCUGCAAACGAACGCUGCUCAAAUCCUUCAGCCUGUUUCUGUCAAGCACGGGCCCCUAACGAUCACAGGGGUGCUGGUAAUGCAGAAUGCGACAGAUGCUGGCAGCGCUAUAGAAUCUUAUGCCGGGCCGGCAGCGGGGCCUCUGCCUUACAUAGCCAUACCUUCCAGCACAUAUCCCUACCCGGCCGGGAUCGCCGCCUCCAACGCAUCCUACAAGCAGGUGCAGGCAGGUGCCAACGCCACGUCAGCCGCCCAGCUGUACGCAAUCAACAUGCAGUUCAGCAACGGGCAGGCGCAGAGCGACAAGAUCAACAACAUGCUUCUGCUGUCGGCGGGAGGCAACAAUAACGCAAACGGCGCGCCGGCACCGGAAAAUUUUACAAUCCAGACGUCACGCGGUGUAACUGCCGCUGUUACGGCGAUUGUUCCGUACGCGCCGCAGCCGGACCUGUACCUCGUGCAGGUGUCCACCCCCGCUGAUUACACCGGGCCUGUGACAGUUACAUACAGCUCAGCGGCUGCCAGCACGUCGCUGUCUUUCACAAUCAUGAUCCAGCUCGCGGUGAAGGACGAAUGA